AUGAUUGCGGCUAACAGAAUGUCGGCCACCGUGCGGGUGGCCGCUCUGCGAUCUCCAACGUCCGCUUUCAGGACGACAGCUGCGAACGCGAUCGCUAUACAACGGCCGUUGAUUCAGUCUCCUUUAUACGCGAUUUCACGUUCAACGGAUAGCGCCAACCCUCCGGUUUCCCGCCUUCUUUCCCCGUACGCCUCUCUUCACCUGACUAGAUCCUUCCAUGUCGGUACACCUCGGUUGCAACAGAAACAGGAACAGCAGGGUGAAAAGAAGUCCGAAGAAUCAAAGGAUGAGAAAAACGAUGAAUCAAAGGACGAGGAAAAAUCUGAGAAAAAGGAAGAUGCGCCUCCUCCUCCUCCCCAUGGUGACAAGUCUCCGUGGCAAGUUUUCCGGGAUACCUUACAGUCGGAGUUUAAGGCCUCCAAAGAGUGGAACGAGUCAACAAAGGCUCUUGCCUCCUCGGCCCAUCAAUUCAGCGAGAACGAAAACGUUAAGCGUGCUCGUUCUGCCUAUGAGGCAGCAUCAGGAGCAGCUUCCACGCGAACCUCGACUGCCCUGAAAGGAACAGGUCGCGUUAUCGGAAAAAGCGCUUCGUGGACGUGGAACACCCCUGUUGUUAAAGGGCUCCGGAAGGGUGUCAAUGUGACUGCAACUGGACUCGAUAAAGCAACGCGCCCCGUGCGAGAAACCGAAGCUUACAAGACCGCCGUUGGAGGUGUAAAGCAAGCCAUUGAUGAUGGCAGCAGCUCGCGGUACGGUGGUUGGACUGAGAAGGAGGAGCGUCGGCGACAGAGGCAACAGCGUGAAGAGAUGGAGGCCAAGUCUGGACGCCGGAAGUCCGGGCCUACGGUCGAAGAUCCAAAUGCCGGAACAAACGUGACGCUUCACAAAGACUCAGCUUGGAAAGAAAGCUGGCGCGAUUUCAAAGAUUCGAAUCCCAUGAUGCAGAAGCUCUUCACCCUAAAAGAAACAUACAAUGAGUCAGAGAACCCUCUGAUUAGCACGGCACGCAGCAUUUCAGACCGGGUUGCCGGUUUCUUUGCUGAGAACGAGACUGCUCAGGUUGUCAAAAAGUUCCGUGAAAUGGAUCCCAAUUUCCAGAUGGAAUCAUUUCUACGGGAAAUGCGUGAAUAUAUUCUUCCCGAAGUUCUUGACGCCUACGUCAAGGGAGACGUCGAAACACUAAAGCUUUGGCUUUCAGACGCACAAUUUAGUGUUUACGCCGCCCUUACCAAACAAAUCACCACUGCGGGCCUAAAGUCGGAUGGCCGUAUCCUUGAUAUCCGUGGAGUGGAUGUCAUGAACGCACGUAUGCUGGAUCCCGGUGAUAUCCCCGUCUUCGUGGUAAUGUGCCGCACGCAAGAAGUGCACGUUUACAGAAACACCAAAACGAACGAGCUUGCCGCUGGGAUGGAGGACAAGGUCCAACUGGUCUCAUAUGUCAUGGGACUGACGAGAAUUCCUGAGGAUGUGAACAAUCCCGAGACAAAGGGAUGGAGGUUGAUUGAACUGCAGAAGGCUGCUCGGGACUACAUCUAA